CCCAAACAAGCGAUUCAACAUGAAGGUCUUACUCAUUCUCGCUGUUGCCGUUGUAGCCUCAGAUGCAAUUGACUAUCCGAAAUCAGCUUACUCUACACCAGGUUACCCGACCUAUGGCAAAUAUAACGAUUAUUCACCAAUGCCCUACAAUUUCGCCUGGGCCGUCAAGGAUGACUACUUUUAUAACGAUUACGCCCAUCGGGAAUCAAGCGAUGACAAAGGGUACGUUUCCGGUUCUUAUCGGACUUUGCUCCCGGACGGACGCACUCAGACUGUCACCUACAAGGCAAACGAUUAUACGGGUUACGUCGCUGACGUAAAAUACGAUAGAGAAGCCAAAUACUAUGAAUACAAGCCCGCUGUUUAUCCAUACCAAACUUAUUCUUACCCAACAUAUCAACCAGCCUAUCCUUCUCCCUCCUAUCGUGCAAGAUAUUAACCUUGCAUCUUAUUUCCAAAUGAUUGCUAUAAUUUAAAAUUGAAGAAAAUAUUAAAACAAAAGAAUAAACAUUUUUUA